AGGCAACUGGAGUUGUGGGGAGCUUGGCGACCGCUCCCACAUGGGCUGCGCGUUCGCGGAGGACGAAGAUGGGUGCGAUAAGGAGAAGCAUCGAUGUUUUUGGGGAUGGGGCGAUGCUGGGAGCCGCGCGUGCCAGGAGAAGUGCUCCGGCUUACAGACAGAUGGGGCUUGCAAUCGCCUGGACCAUUGCAUGUGGUCUGAGGACGCCUGCAAGCCAGGCUGCUUCUCGUACGGCCAGGAUAGUUGUCCCAUCGACCAGUGCAUGUGGGACGCUGGCCAGUGUAAGCCAGCCUGCUGGUCGAUGACUGAUGCUGAGUCCUGCAAGAACGUCAGCAUGGAGAAUGGCUGCAUCUGGCAGGGGGGGCAGUGCAUUACCGAUCCGGGCGCGGUAAGGAGCUCGAUAGAGACGCUCCCCUCCAGCAGCGAGAGGGUAUCGCGCACAGAGGCCUCAGCCACGACGCCGAUAUCAUCAACGACUCCGAGCAUAACUACGGUCUCGACCACGACUCCGACCUCUAGCAGAGCUGUGCACAUAGAGCUGGUCGUGUCGGUGUCCUGCUCAGAUGAUCUCGCCUGGGUGGAUGAGGUGGACUGCGAGCACACGUCCGUCUACCUCUACUCAAGGGGCAGCCCCGGCAGCGGAAGUGAGCAGGUGUCCUGCCGGGUACCCCAGCUGCCCCACUGCGCCCGCAUGGAGAUCCUGCCAGACGCCACCGAAGUGGUCGCGGCGUACCUCCACCACCUGAAGGCGCGCCGCGCGCGCCUCGCCGAGCCCGGGACCCCGCCCGGCGCCCUGGUCUUCCUGCCUGGGGACGCGAAGUGGGCGGAUGGCCUGCUGGGCGCAGCGGAGUACGCGCGGGGCUGGGCUGCAGCAGGGGUGGGCUUCGCACCGCUGAGCUUCGCCGCCUGCUCGCGCGAGGGCCUGCAGGCGCAGGGAAGCGAGGCGAGCAUGGGCCUGGUGUGCAACUUGUUCAGUUUCCUCACCGGCGUCGAGGGCAGCCGCAACUGGGUGGCCGGGCUCGAGAACCAGUUCUUUGUGUCCUUCCGCAGGGAGGGCGAGGUGCCCACGUGGCUGUACGAUCAUCUCCUGGACGUGAUGUCCGACGCGGACGGCGGUCAGUGGCGCGCGCCGGCCAUGGAGCGCCUCUGGGGGCCCCUCUUCGGCUGCUGGGCGCCGUUCCCGCACUCGCUGGGCCUCCUGCGGGGCGCCUAUCCGGAGUGCAAGGACGACUGCGACGGAGGCCCGUCGUGUGGGCCCAACCGCCCGCUCGUGCAGCGCGGCGCGGCUCCGCGGCAGGGGACGCGCGAGUGGGUGCAGUCCAUGCUGGCGCCCGCCGACCACGCGCUGUCCGCUUGCACCGGGAGGGCGCGCCUCUUCAGCGAGGGUUACGCCGCGCACGAGGAGGUGUCGGGGUGGCCGUGCGAGCUGCUGUUUCAGGAGGGGGGGCCGUCCGCCGGCCCCGGCGUCUGCGCCGUCGGGUUCCUCGUGGAGCUGACGGAGAUAGGCAGCGUAGGUCCGCCAAACACAUCGAGAGAUGUGGGAGGUGGGCAUCACCAGCCGUCACGGCGUCGUGCUGAAGGCGCCGGCCUGGACGCCGAUCUGACGCCGCACUUCUGGCACAUCGGCUUGGGGAAGGCGUGCUCGAAUGGGCAUGACAUCCGGCUGGGCUCGUCAUCCACUGAAGGGAGCAUCCAGAAGUGCGGCAAGGCGUGCCUGAUGUACAGCGAGUGCGCUGGCUUCUCCUGGGAGGAGGCCAGGCGCAACUGCACCCUCCUCACAGGCACCUGCGAGAGGGGCGGGGACGAGCUCGUGCAGCUCUACGCGAAGAGAACGGCCCUGGCGCCGCUUGAAGUGGUGCUGGCGGGCUACUGCAGGGACGACUUCGACUGGAUCAGGAAGGUCGACUGCGCAGCCGCGGUCGUCUUUCUGUACACCAAGUGCGACAGCGAGGACCCCCUGCAGAACAUCCCGGCGCGGCUGCCGCCCUGCUUCCAGCUCGAGGUCCUCUCGAACGUCGGCAGGGAAGGCGGGACGUUCUUCUACCACCUCCACCUCCACCGGGAGCGGUUCGCCAGCUCGCCGAACGCCUCCGGUGCCCUCGUGUUCCUGCAGGGCGAGGUGGAGUGGCGCAGGGGCCCGCUGGACGUGCUCGAGUUCGCGAGCCAGUGGGCCUCCGCUGGCUUCGGUUUCGUGCCCCUCGCCUGGGCUGGCCCCGGCGACCGGGGGCCCUUCUUGAACCAGGAAUGCGGCCGGUCCUGCUGGGUGUCGCGGACGAGGCAGCUGCAGAACCUGUUCGAGUUCUUCUCGAGGCAGUCAGAGGCGCAGUCUUGGAUCGCCGGCUUCCGGGGGCAGAUGCUCGUGUCCAAGCGGCGGGCGUCCCGUGUGCCAGCCUGGGUCCUAAAGUACAGCCUGGAAUUGCUGGCCUCCGAGGAGACCAGCAGGUCCUGGUACGGCAUGGCCUUCGAGCGGCUGUGGAACGUCGUCUUCGGCUGCUGGGCACCGAACCUCAAGACCACGCAGCCCUUGGCACUGACGGACUUCCCGGCGUGCCUGGACGACUGCGACGCGAACGGCAGCGGAGGCGACCCCGGGCCCGCCAAUGCCAGCGAGUGCGGCCCCGACAGGCCAGUGGCGUGGGAGGGUCUGCCUGCCCCGAUGGGCCAGCAGGAGUGGAUCGGUGCGAUGCUGCGGCGGAGGACGGCGGCGCCGAUGCGGUCGGCCCCCCGGCCGGGAGCACUGGCGUCUCUGAGGAGCGAGGGCCACACGAAGGCCGGGCUGCUGCCGUGGCACUGCGACCCGCUCAUCCCUGGCCUGGACAUCCCGAAGGGUCACGGCGUCUGCGCCUUCCGCCGCUGACGAGCCUGGGCCACCGAUCUCGGGGGCGGAGGCCAGUGAUAAUUCGGCAGGACGGAGGGCCGGGG